GAAAGAACGACAAUCAAUCCGCAACUUCACCCCAACCAAGUCCAAAAAGCAACCAAUUAACUGACGCUGAAAAAUCCCAAAUCCGUCAAUAUUUAGUCAAGCAUGGUAUCAGCAAAAUUAGUUUAAAAAAUGGCAAAUUAAUAAUUGAAUAUAAAAACAAUAAUAAAGAGGUCAUCGAAAACGAGGAUCAAGAAUUAACAAAAUAUCACCAACUUAUUCAAAGUUUACCUAACCAAUCCCUUUCUCUCUCUGAAUUACAAAGUGAUAACCCUAAUAAUUCUUCCACUCCCAGCAAAAGUAAUACCGCAAUUUUCAUUAGUUUAGCCGUUGGUGCCUUUAUCUUAGGAGGAGUUGUUACUCGAAAAGAAAACGAACAAUUACAAAAAACUACUAUUCCUUCCCUGUUGACCACCACUCGAGAUUAUGUGGUUUUGGUAAAUGCUAAAUAUAUUACUUUUACCGGUAAUAAUAAAUUAGAUAAUGAAUACUAUUACAAUCACUCUGGAUAUCCUGGUGGGCUACGGAAAAGAAGCACCCGUUUAAUGCUGGAAAAAUACCCGCAAGAACUAGUUAUGCGAAUUAUAAAAGUUCCUAACAAAAUAUUCCUCCUUGAAUUGCAAAACCGCUUACGGGAAAAUAAAAUUAAAGAAAAAGAGUUAGCCAAGAUAUUAAGCGAGUUAACUUUCACUCAAAGCCAAGAAUUAGCGGAGAGGUUGACUAACGAUACCGAAAUCAAUCCUCGUCGAGGUGAGGUAUAUUUAGUAGAAAUAGUUGAUGCCCAAGGCUACGAGCAGAAAGGUAAUGACGAUGAUGAACGUUUAGCCGUGGUAGUUUCCAACAAUCAACAAAAUGAGAAAAAGAAUGUGAUAGUUAUUGUUCCCCUUUCUAGCAAAGUAAAGAAAAUUUAUCCUUUUCAAGUGGCGACUUUUUUUCAAGGCAAGCCUGGACGAGCCAAAUGCGAACAAGUGCGGGCAAUUACCAUUGGAAGAUUUGAAAAGAAAUUAGGGUUUAAUAAAAAGGAAAGUUCAGGCGAUAGUUCAAAAAUAUUUAAAGUUGAGUAA